AUGUUGUCAAAUAAGAUGGUGAGACAACACUCUUGGGGCUUGAAUCUCCUUUUUGGAAUCAUGCUAAUAUAUAUCCAAAGCUUUGCAAUGGGCUGGCUCCCUUGCUUCUUGCUAGAAUACUCAGAACUUGUCCCACCAAUACAAAGUCAGUGAAGUUAACAACUACACUCAUUGAAAGACAUGUAAGAAUACUUCAACAGAUUCUUCUUUCGUGCGUUUUCUGAUUUAUUAUUCACAGUGGUGCGCUAAGAGGAUUGCUUUUAUGUUGUCAGAUACUGGUAUAGAGACAACUUCCGAAGAGGUUUCACUAUUAGAUUCAUCUCUUCAUAGUCCUCAUAUCCUUACUGUCCAACAAUCGCCAAUGACAGUUACCACUGAUAACAUCCUUGUUUCUAUGGAUUUGACUGCUCAGUCUCCAAUGUCCUCCAACAAUGUGCCUGAAUCGACUGAAGCAGCAGCUACACCACCACCAUGUACCUUCGACACUAAGAUUCAAGCGGCCCCUGUUGAAGUUAUAAAUACCUAUAUAAAGAGAGAUAUUAUUAUAUUUUUUCUAAUUGAUAAAUUAUUACUUAUAUAUUUAUUAAAAUUUUAAAAAAAGAAACAAAAAAUAAAAUUAUUUAGAAUAUAUUAAAUUGAAAUCUCUGAUUUUUGAUACAAUAUUUAAUAUCUGAUAAAUUACAAUAGUAA